AUGUCUGCCCUGCCAACGAAUGCCCACGUCUCCUCGCACCCGUGCCUGCAGGCCAAGCUCUCGCAGCUGCGCUCCGCGUCGACAGAGAGCCGCCAUGUGCAGACGCUGGUGCACGACAUCGCGCUGAUGGUCGGGUAUGAAGCGCUGGGCUCCGUCCUCCAGACUACGCAAGAAGGCACCGACAAGUCCCCCCUCGGCUACGAGUAUGAAACAACAACCACCUCGCCCCCGCCGUCGCGCAUAUCCCUCGUCCCCAUCCUGCGCUCCGGGCUGUCCAUGGUCCCCGCGCUCUCCUCGCUGCUCCCCGCCCCCGUGCCCGUGCACCACCUCGGUCUGUUCCGCGAGAAGACGACCCUGCAGCCCGUCGAGUACUACAACAACCUGCCCUACCACUCGCCCACGGGCGCGCACGCCGGCGGGCCCGCCGAUCUGGCCAUCGUCGUGGACCCCAUCAUCGCGACGGGCGCGACGGCCUGUGCGGCCAUUGACAGCCUGCGCGAGCACGGCGUGAAGAGGAUUGUGGUUGUGAGCGUGCUCGCGGCGGCGGAGGGGUUGCGUGCGGCGUGUGGCGAGUGGGCUGAGGGCGUCGAGGUGUGGGUUGGUGGGUGCGAUGAGGGUGUUGACGACAAGGGCAUGAUCAAGCCCGGCCUGGGCGACAUUGGGGAUCGCCUGUUCCUGACGCUGGGGAAGUAG